GGGAUGUUUAGUCGCAGCACUGAUCAGUGACGUCUCCAGAGGUGUGGUGCAUUUUUUGUAGCGUUUACCUUUUUAUACUUAAAUUAAUUCUGAUAAAAUAUACGCUUAGCUAGCUUGGUCGGUGUAAAAAGAAAAUGGACAGUUUUGCCUAAAGUUAACGUCGCAUCAUGCAUGACAGCCCAGCGCCAAAGCCAAAAUGCCACCGAGAAGUCUUUAAGUUAAGCCGUUAUUUGAAGCCCUUCAUGAUGAGAAACAAACUCAAACGAAGUAAGACCUGUAAAGAUGUUUCGCGUCCAAGCAAAGACCGCCAGCGAGCCGCCGAGGUGAUUCCGUUAGUGUUAACAGAGUCAAGCUGCUCCAGUCAUGAAACAUCCGAUUCGAAUUUUUGCGCUAAAUACAUUAAAAUUGCACCAAUUUUCGUGCAUACAGCGCGGCACAGCAAGAGUAAACGGAGCAGUGAUAGGAAGCAAGAUCAGCAUGUAAACAAGCUGCAGGAAUCGGCUCCUCAGAGUGAAGAUGUGCAACUGGUGAAAAGUGAGCAGCGUUUAUCUGUUUCAGUUUUUCACCUGACAGAGAAAAAGGGGCCCUCCUGGAGAGGACAGUUGUCACCCUCGGCUCUGCACUGCUGUCUGGAUGAAAUCCAAACAUCUAACCCAGCAUUUCCAGCCCGAACAGUGUUCAGCACUUUUCAGAAGAAGGCCAGCGAAAGGCUGCAGAAUUCUCUAUCCACAGGAAACUCCCCUCAUCAACGCUCCCUACAGAACCACAUAAAAGAGAAGAGGAAACGGGGAAAUGAAAGCACUGAGAGGGUACCCAAACGUCCCAAGUGUGGUCUCGUUGGUAUGGGUUACUGUCACAUGUCAGUGCAGGUUGUCCAGGAAAGUACUGUCCUGACAGCCAAGGAGCAGCCCAGAAGAAACAAGCUAAGUCGCACUCACAGACUGAAGCAGCAAAGUGGGAGCCCAGCAGGCCUGGUGAACAACUGUGAGCCGGGCUCCGGAUUGAUAAAUUGCACAGAAUCUUACUUCCAGUCUCUCAAACCCUCUGACAUUCUCCAAAGAGAUUACAGUUUUGGGGAUAUUCCCUGGACGGACAAAUACAGUCCUCAGCAUUCAAGUGAAGUCGUUGGCAACUCUGCGUCUGUAAAUAAACUGCAAUGUUGGUUGAAGAAAUGGAAACUAAGAGCUGAGUGUGACGAGAGGAGAAAGAUGGAGGAAAGGAAACGAGAAGACAACAGUAUUGACUCAUGGGACUGUGGAGACUUCCAGGGUGAGGCUGGGGCAGAGGAAGACACAGAGGAGCCGCUGUGUAACGCCAUGCUGAUCACAGGACCUCCAGGUGUGGGCAAGACUGCCUCGGUGUAUGCCUGUUGUCAGGAGCUUGGCUUCAAGGUAUUUGAGGUAAACUGCUCCUCACAGCGGAGCGGCCGCCAGGUGCUUUCCCAGCUGAAGGAGGCUACCCAGUCCCACCUAGUGGAGAUGUCGGGGAAGGACCCACUGAAACCAACUUAUUUCAACAAUUACAGCUGCACUCCUAAAUCUGAGACUUUACCUGGAAAAGCAGUGCCAUCGAGAAAUGUCACAUCUAACCCAAAAAAGAGAGCAGCACAGACCUUUGGCCAAUCCAGUCGCAAAGGAAAAGCUAACCCAGCCACAGUCACUUUGGCCAACUAUUUUAAGAUGAAGGCCAAAGCAGAUCACUUACACUUUAGUGGCCUGUCGCCAUCUGAAAAACCAGACAGCAAGAAAUCCGGCAACCCAUCACCAGGCUGUGAUCAAACAGUGCCACAGAACAAAAAGACAGCCACAUCACUCAUUCUGUUUGAAGAGGUUGAUGUCAUAUUUGAUGAUGAUGUUGGUUUCCUCGCAGCCAUCAAGACUUUCAUGACAACCACUAAACGACCAGUCAUUCUGACCACCAAUGAUCCCUCAUUCAGAGAGAGAUUCAGCUGCGGCAUAGAGGAAAUCAUUUUCAAAACCCCAUCAGUGGUGAAUGUCUGUAGCUACCUGCAGCUGGUGGGUCUGGCUGAGAAUGUGCGACUGGAAUUGGACGACGUUAGCAGCCUGAUCAGACUUUUCAGAGGUGACGUCAGGCGCUGCCUGCUGCAACUGCAGCUGUGGGUGCAGAGUGGUAGAGGACGGGCGUCUCAGAGUGGAGGCUCGCCUAAGGAGCCUACACAUGUACAGCGCUCAAAUGUUACUGAAAGAGGAGACAAUGCAGACUUCCAACAUCCUCAAUAUGACACAGGCUGCACUGCUAGCAUGCUGGGUCACCCCCCUGUGAGCCAAAACCAACUGUGUAACCUUCUAAAGUGUGGGUACUGGACUGAAAUAGACAUGCUCAGGCUCCUGAGGCUUCUAGCUGAGAGCUGGAGAGGAGGUGUGCCUCUUCUGUACUCCAACCUGGAGCUCCUUCUUCCCAUCGAGGCCAAGGGAACUUCAGUCCACAUCGUGGGCAGGGGGACUUGUUCUGGGCUGCAGAGUGAGCUGGCGCUGUCUGACAUUGACCUUCAAAUCCAGCAGCUGGAUGGAAAUGUCAGUCCAAAGGCGUCAGCCACCAACAGCAUAUCUGUCAGGAGUAACUCCACGCUUAGCAGGGGGAAAUAUGACACCACGUCAUCUUCCAGUUUGACACAAACUCCUCCAAGACCAUCAUUAUCGUCAAAGAGGGCUCAUUCAAGAGAUAAGACUGAAGAAAAUGCAGCCAAAGUGACAACCUACUGUUUGGAUGCCUUGGCUGACUUCUUUGACCUCAUGUCAUACCUUGAUGCCACAAUGCCAGCCGCAGUGCCGCUUGUUUCGGGCUCAUGCAGACCUGAGGCGUUUGCCUGGACAGGAGCUGAGAUAAAAGAUGGCUUGUUGGAUGAGAUGAGCGAGGAGGGGGGGGGAAGGAGUUGGAGCCAGGAGAGGCUGGCAGAAGUCCAGGCUGUUGUUGAGGGUUUGGGGUGUCACAGGUGCUGUUGGCAGGUGUCCAAGGCAUGGACUGAAGUCCAAAAACACAGACAGGAACUGGGAGACAUAAGCUGGGGGAGGCUGGUGGAGAGACUGUCGUUGCCCGCCUCUUCCAAAAGACAGAGCUUCCGCUUUAGUUUUCAACCUCUGUGUGCACCAAGUGUGUCCCAAAGGAGGUACGAGCUGAACAGGACAGUGCUUGGCAGUGAAUCUUUCAGCCUGCUGGGGAACAGGCAAGCUGUCAGUGUGGACUACAUGCCAGUCCUCCGUUACAUCUGUCGCUUUCAGAGAGAACAGCAACAGAAAGAGGAGCCAGUCAGGUUUCUGAAGUACCUCAGCAGAUUACACCUGGGUCUCUCAAAGUCAACUAUUCAACACCUGGCAGAAGAAUUCUCAGAGCGAAGCUCACAUCCUCACUACCUCGCCUUACCCUAGUCAGUAUUUAUUCUACUGUGCAUUCAUUUUACAUGAAUUACUGUCCCCUUCUAAAUACUGUCAAAUGAAUUUAAUGCAGUUGAGAUGAGAAAUCAUGUUUUAUUUUUACAUGUAUGUGUGAACCAUGAAAAGAAAAUAAAAUGUAUUUUUUAUAUAAAGGACUUUGAUUGUUCAGGUGA